AUGGAUAUCCUCUCAGCUCAUAGUCCGAUCAAGUUCGGCUUUCCAUCAUUGAAGCUUUUCACUCUUCCUCCAAGCCAACCUUACAAGCCCACCCCGCGGCCUCCGCCCACCACGUCUUCGCAUGUGCUUGCAAAGUCUCUGUUCCAGAGGAUCAAUAUAGACCCUGGGUUAUUCUAUACCUCUCUUGACAUCAAGUUUGUCCUCACCUUCACCGCGAUAUAUGUUACCACGGUCCUUUACCUGAAUCAAUAUAAUGCUCGCCGACAAUACCGGCCAUGGCGCUUCACCAAGACAUCCACAUUCAAGGCCUUGGUUGUGGCGCAUAACGCCUUCCUUGCCCUAUUCUCGGCAUGGACCUUCGUUUCACUCUUCACCAUCCUAUUCCCUCUUUGGAAUUUGGCCGUCGCAGAAGCGGGGCCUAACUAUUACGCCCAUGUGGCAGAGCUGCUCUGCGAAACGGAUUCUAGUGCAUAUAGAGUGCUUCCAAUCUCGAAAAGUCUUUGGGAAGCAGGAGGCAGUUAUGUUGGCUGGCUCUUUUAUAUCAGCAAGUUCUACGAAGUCAUAGAUACGCUGAUCAUCCUUGCGCGAGGGAAAAGGAGCUCUACGUUACAAACUUACCACCACGCCGGAGUGAUUAUCUGUGGCUGGGCAACAGUGCUCUAUGAGUCUCCAUUGGGUGCUAUUGGGUACACAUACUUCACACUUCAAACACUCGGAAUCUCUGUCCCUGUCAGCUUUAAACGCACUUUGACCAAGCUUCAACUUGCACAGUUCUUCGUCGGCUGGAUCUGGGGCUAUACAUACUUGUUCAUGAGCUAUAAGGUUCCCAUGGAUGUGACUGUCAAAGGCAUCAACAAUGGGUCAACGCCAGCGUUGAAGGCAGGAAUGUCGACCAGUGAGAAUGCAGUCUCGUGCUUGAGUGACAGUGGGGAAGCCUUCACCAUUAUCGUGACGAGCAUCUACAUUAUUCCCCUGAUCUAUCUCUUUGGGCAAUUUUACAUCAAGGCAUACAUGAAGCAGGGCAAGUGA